UUUAUGGUGAAGGCGUAAUUUUGUUUACCCUGCCAAAGUUAUCAUUUAACAAGUAAUGAUUUUGUAAUUAAGGCUUAAAAGAUUCUAAAUUGUUACAAAGAUUAUAAAUUAUGGUUCUGUGGAUAAAGCAAUCAUUGAAUAAUCAGUAUGGGUGAUUUAAGUCAAGCAGAUAGUUCUUGGAAGAAAAUGGUUAUAGCUAAAACAAACAAUGAGUGGAAAUCAUCUGUCGGUGAAGAUGCGAAUGCAGCUAGUAACACUACACACUUUAGAUUAAGUGAUGAAUGCAUACAAUACGAUAACAUUAAAAAAGAAAUUGAGGAAAUUGAUGAACAAGAGACACUCAAUACCGUUGAGCCGGUCGAUAUGAUACAAGAAAUGGAUCCACUAUCAUUGUUGGAACCUAAAGCGCGUAGACGAAGGAAAGGCUCAGGACCAAAGAGUGAAACAUCAGAAGAGAGAGCCGCACGGCUAGCCAAGAUGUCUGCAUAUGCAGCACAGAGGCUGGCAAAUGAGUCACCGGAACAGCGCGCCACUAGACUGAAGCGUAUGUCCGAAUAUGCAGCUAAAAGACUUUCAUCAGAGACGAGGGAACAGAGAGCGAUUAGGUUGGCAAGAAUGUCUGCAUAUGCAGCCCGUCGACUUGCUAAUGAGACCCCAGCACAAAGGCAAGCUAGACUAUUGAGGAUGUCGGCAUAUGCUGCGAAAAGGCAGGCUAGCAAGAAGUCUCUUAGUACAGUGAACGAUAGCUUGAAUUACAGUAUUAUGCCGAAUCAAAGUAGAGCAACUAAUCAUCCAUUCACUUAAAUUUUAUUUUUAAUUCACAGAAAAUUUCAUCACAAAGUUUUUUUUAGUUUUAAAAGUGAUAAUGUAAAUAAUAAUAUUAUUUUUAAUAAUUUAAUAACUGAUUGAAUAUACUUGGUGUAAGGGAACCAUUCUCAGAAAUAGUGACAGGAAUAGUAUUGGUGAUUGCUGAACAAUAAGUUUAAAAAAUAUUAUGUUUAGCUCAUGAAUGAAAAUUGUUUUUUUCUUUUAUGUUCAGGCAGUAUUGACUUCUCAGCUUUCAGAAGGUUUUCACCUUAAGCUCAGUGCAAUGUGUGUCUGUGAAUGAGACAUUACCCAAUUGCACAGCAAAUUUACAAAGUGUGUUUAGUGUAAACAUUGUUAUUUUACUUUAAAAAUGAAAUACACAAGCUUCUGUAAAAAAAUAUUUUAUUUAAAAAAUACAAUGACUUAAUCCUAAAGCAAACAAUACAGGCUUAUUUUACUAUUUGUAUAAUAUAUGUAUGUCAAAAAAGCACUGCACCCCUAUUAAAGAUUACAAAGAUGCCUAAAGCAUUAACGAUUGAGAUUUACAAUCAGUCUACUAAGUAUAUAACAUAAAAUAUCAUUUAUUGUAACAGUCAGGCAGACUUAAUGAUCUUAGUAACUGACUUAAACGAUAAUUUGGUUUCAUAAUUGCAUAAGUUUAUAUGAAAUCCUUAUUGAAAUUCUUAAUUCUAUGUAGUAAUAAAAAUUGUUUUGCACUACAAACAAAUCUUAUCAUUACAAGAAUUUGAUACACUUUAUAAUAAUGCAAAAAGCAAUCUAUCAACCGAAAUGAAUUUAUGUCCUCUGUCUAUCCCUUAAGCAUUUAAUAAUUGUGAUGAAACUUGAUAAAGUUCUUGUUGAUAGUCUUGGGGAGGUACCUGUCAUAGUACCAUCAACUUACGACAUGCAGCGCAUCAGUAGAGGGUAUCCGGAAAUUAAUGGUUUCACAUAAGUUCUCAGAGAAGAGUAAGACUAAGUUUAGUGUUUAACAUGUUGAUUGUCAUGUAGGUCAUUGAUGCCUUACGCGGCGCACUGAAGUAAUUAUUGCGAUUUCUGUUACUAAGCGUCUGCAUUGCCUAACUUUGCCUCCUUUUGUUUUUAAUGUAUAGUUUAGUCUUUUAGAUCUCUUAGAAAUAGAUUCAUUCUCAGUACGUCGGAUUCGUCUUUCCCAGAUUUUACUAGAAAUUCCGACGUCUUAUUGAGAUGAGAUGAGAGAAAUCGACAAAAAUAGUUCAUGACGCCACGUAGGGCACCGGUGACCUACAUGGCAGUCAAUGUGUUAAAUACGUUCUAAAGACAUCUAUGAUUAUACUAUUUUGGGCAGAUUCUAUUUUUUUUAAUGACAGAGUUUACUGGUGCCCUGAGGCCUUUCCAGUUCCACAAGGACAGUUGGGCGAGCAAGGGCUCAGCCAGAAGGGGAAGGGGAUCUAAUACACAACCCCACUGUCGUUCAUUGCGAGAUGUAGAGUACCUAUAGAGAGUUGGAAUGUUUUAAUCAUACCUAUA